AUGGAGCGACUACUGACGAGCCUUCACGACUUGCUGGACCCAGAAACUUACCCUCCACCCCCGCCCGAUGCGCCAAAGCCCUUCUUCCCGCUGAACCUGAAGUGUUCGGUUCUUCACAACGUGGCGAGCGGUAUAACCUACCUCCACGAGCGAUCGCCGCCCAUCAUACACCGCGACUUGUCGGCCAGAAACGUUCUCCUAAACUCGGGGAUGGUGGCCAAGAUAGCGGACCUGGGAGUGGCUCGGAUCGUGCCUCGAAUGAGAAUUGCAGCACCAUGA